AUGCAGACCGGAAAUCAGAAGGAUGAGGAAAACACCAUAAGAUCCCUUGGACACAAUGCCUUAAUUGAAUUGUUGAACAAUAAUAACAAUGAAGUGGAAAAAGAAGAAGAGAACGAGAAAGAAAAGCAUUUAAGUAAAGGUGGGGAGAAGUGUAAUAAAAUUGACUUGUUCGAUGUAAGUGCUUACAGAGAAGUAAAAUUUCCAGAAAGGAAUAUUAUGAAACGGUUGUCAGGUAUAAGGUCAAAUGAAGAACAUACAAAUUUUUUAAAGUAUCACCAUUAUAAUUCUGAUAAUUGCAGAAAAUCACACGGAGAAAGAAAUAAAAGUUGCCUUAGCAUGGUAAAUAGAUAUAAUGUAUUUUUUCCAAAUAACAAAAUACCUCAUUUUACAAUUCCCGAAAACGGUAAUAUCAGGAGAAAAAAUUAUAGUUGUAAUUUUAAACCUUAUAAUAAUAUCAGAAAAAAAGAAAUUUAUGAUGAUAAAAAUAUGUACUAUAUGUUUCCAAAGAAUUGUAAAAUAAAGGGAGAAAUUAAGAACGACCAGGUUUCAAUGUGUGUGUCUGAUGAAAUUUCUCUCCAGGAUAAAAAAAAAAAUGAAAAAAAAAACACUUCUAAUGGUGAUGAAUAUGCAAGUCGACUAAGAGCAAGUCUCAUCCAGACUGAGAACAAACCUGCCAUAAACACAAAGAUAGAAAAAAAAAGAGACAGUUCUACUACCACCAUGUUAUGUGACAUGAAAGGAAAAUUGCACACAGAAAAAAGCGAUAUAAGGAAAAGGUUACCUAAAAAGGAAUUACAUAAAGAGAGGAGAAGUAGCCCUAAUUGGAAAAAAAAAAAAAACACGAAGACUAACGAAACUAAAAUUAAGCAAUUGCAUGUUUCAUGCAAUGAUAAGGCAAAUAUAUGCUCGUUCGAAAAAGCAAAAAACCUUAUUUCUCUUCAUAAAGAAAAUGGGAAUUGCAAAAAUGAUGACAAGGAUAUGCUGCUUACUGAUCAAGUUAAUAGCCAAAGGGGGGGAGAAAAUAUAACAGAUUUUCAUCAAAGUUGUGCUACUGUUUGUAAAAAAAAAUUUUAUUCUGAUUAUGAAAAAAGAAGUAAUUCCCGAGGAGCUAUUAAAAUGGAGGCUAAUGAUGAUUCACUUAAUGUGUUAACAGAGUUUGAAAAAUGUAAUGAAAAAGCGAAAAUUUCCGAGAUGGAUGUACACAGAGAAGGACAACUGCUCUUACCUUCUCUUCAGUAUAAGCUAAAAAACAAUUCUGAAUAUUCUGAAUAUUCUGAAUAUUCUGAAUAUUCUGAAGCGACCAUUCCCAAUACUGAGUAUUCCCCAAGCUGUCAGACAAGCACACAAAUGGUCUCCUCAUUGAACUUUGAGAAUUUUAUUUUCCUUGACUUUAAUCCAGUAGAAGCAGAGUACAUCGAAAUUAAAAAAACUCUUCAGAGAUAUAAAAAUAAAAGAGAAUUACAAACAGAGGGUAAAUGUGAAAAUAUGAUUACUGAGGACAAUAUAAAAGAAUAUUUUUUAAAAAAGGAUAAUUUAGAUAUUGAAAAUGCAAAACAGAAUGGUAAUGAAAAUGACGAGAAAGUUUAUAUUAAAAAAAAGUUUAAUCAGUUGAGAGCAAGUAUAAGAACAGGAAAACUACGCAUAAUCAGUUACGACUUUGAACACAAUUUGUGUUACAUAUUGGUGAAAUCUGACUCAUCAUAG